AUGGCUGCUGAAGAGCAGCAGACGGUGCCGACCACGGCUGCCGUCGGAGCCACCACCACCACCACCACCACCACCACCACCACCAACAACACCACGACUGCCUCCGCUACCCGCACCGAAGCUACUACCGCCGUCAUCGCACCAUCCACCUCCGCCGACAUUUCCUCCAGCGAUGCCUCUGUCGACGGCUACUGGGGCGACGCCGACGCCAGCGGGCCUGUCCGCCAGGAAUCCGCCCGUCAGGGCUACUCUGAGUUACAGAAGGAGCUGAGCCGCCGGGCCAGCCACGCCUCUGCCGCCUCCAAGGCCAAGAGCCACACCACCACCGCCGGCGGACUCUUCUCAUCGCUGCGCAAGUCCCGGCGCGAGCCCGACGUCGAGGCCGACAGCCAGGAGACCCAGCACAACAAUGACGACGACUUCCGCCUGGAAGAGUUCAUGCGCCAAGGCCACCUCGAGAAGCGCCACCCGGAGAGCGGCGAGGCGACCAAGAAGGUCGGCGUCGUCUUCAAGAACCUGACCGUCAAGGGCGUCGCCGUCAGCACCGCCACCGUGCGCACCCUCCCGCAGGCCAUCCUCGGCACCUUUGGCCCGGACCUCUAUGGCCACCUCACCAAGCUGAUUCCCGCGCUGCGCUUUGGCCGCGGCGACGGCCCGGAGGUACGCGAGCUCAUCCGCGACUUCACAGGCGUCGUGCGCCCCGGCGAGAUGAUGCUCGUGCUCGGCCGGCCCGGCGCCGGCUGCAGCACUUUUUUGAAAGCCAUCGCCAACAACCGCGAGACGUUCGUGGCCGUCGAUGGCGACGUGCGCUACGGCGGCAUCUCCGCCGCCGAGAUGGACAAGCGCUUCCGCGGCGAGGUCGUCUACAACCCCGAGGGCGACCGCCACCUGCCCUCGCUCACCGUCGGGCAGACGCUCGACUUCUCCCUGCGCACCAAGACGAAGAAAGCCGACCGCGGCUCCGUCGGGCUCGUGGUGGACGCGUUCCUCAAGAUGUUCGCCAUACCGCACACCAAGAACACCAACGUCGGCGACGAGUACACGCGGGGCGUGUCCGGCGGCGAGCGCAAGCGCGUGUCCAUCGCGGAGGCGCUGGCGACCAAAUCGACGGUCGCGUGCUGGGACAACUCGACGCGCGGGCUGGACGCCUCGACGGCGCUCGACUACGCGCGCUCGCUGCGCGUCAUGACGGACGUCUCGGGGCGCACCACCCUGACGACGCUGUACCAGGCCGGUGAGGGCAUCUACGCGCUCUUCGACAAGGUGCUCGUCAUCGACGACGGCCGCGUGCUGUACCAGGGCCCCGCGGGCGAGGCGCGCGCGUACUUUGAGGGCCUCGGCUUCUACGCGCCGCCGCGGCAGACCACCGCCGACUUCCUCACCUCGGUGUGCGACGUCAACGCGCGGCGCUUCCGCGACGGCUUCGACAAGAGCUGCCCCAAGACACCCGCCGAGCUCGAGGCCGCCUUCCGCGCCAGCGACGCGCACCGCACCGUGCUCGCCGACGUCGCCGAUUACGAGGCGCACCUGGCCGCGACCGGCCACGCCGACGCCGAGACCUUCCAGCAGUCGGUGCGCGCCGCCAAGUCGCGCACCGUCGCCGCGCGCUCCAGCUACACGGUCAGCUUCGUGCGGCAGGUGCUCGCCUGCACGCGGCGCGAGUUCUGGCUGCUCUGGGGCGACAAGCAGACGCUGUACACCAAGUUCGCCAUCAUCAUCAGCAUGGGGCUCAUCGUCGGCUCGCUCUUCUACGACAUCCCCGACGACACCGCGGGGCUCUUCCUGCGCGGCGGCGCCGCCUUCUUCUCCAUCCUCUUCCUCGGCUGGCUGCAGCUGUCGGAGCUGAUCCGCGCCAUCGCCGGCCGCGACGUCAUCCGCCGCCACCGCGAGUACGCCUUCUACCGGCCCUCGGCUGUCACCUUUGCCCGCAUCCUCGCCGAUUUCCCGCUGCUGCUGCUCGAGGUUGCCGUCUUCGGCGUCAUCCUGUACUUCAUGUGCAACCUAGACCUCGACGCCGGCAAGUUCUUCAUCUACCUGCUGUACAUUUACACCACCACUAUCUGCAUCACCGCGCUCUAUCGCAUGUUCGCGGCCAUCAGCCCGUCCAUCGACGACGCCGUCCGCUUCUCCGGCAUCACCUUCAACCUGCUCCUCAUCUUCACCGGCUACGCCAUCAGCAAGCCCACGCUGCUGAGCGAGAAGAUCUGGUUCGGCUGGUUCUACUGGAUCAACCCGGUGUCGUACGCCUUCGAGGGCGUCAUCUCGAACGAGCUGUCGAGCCGCAACAUGCAGUGCGCCCCGAGCCAGCUCGUCCCACAGGGGCCCGGCAUCAGGCCCGAGAACCAGGGCUGCGCCGUCCCCGGCUCCGCCGCCGGCGCCACCACGGUCAACGGCGCCGACUACCUCGCCGCCAACUACGACUACCACCGCUCCAACCUCUGGCGUAACUGGGCCGUCCUGAUUGCCUUUUCCGUCCUGUACAUCCUCGUCACCGUCCUGGCCACUGAGACCAUCUCCUUCGCCACCUCCGGCAUGGGCAUUCUCAUCUUCAAGAAAUCCAAGGCCGGUUCCGCGGCCGCCGCGAAGAAGGCCAAGGGAGGCGACGAAGAGUCCGGCAGCAAGGAGGCGGCGACCGGCGACGACACGCUGCGGCGCCAAAUCACCACACCCGACGAGAUCCUGCAGGAGUUCCAGCGCAGCGAGAAGAUCUUCACGUGGGAGGACGUCAGCUACACCGUCCCGAGCGCCGACGGGCCCAAGAAGCUUCUCAACAGCGUGCAGGGGUACGCCAAGCCCGGCGUCAUGGUGGCGCUCAUGGGCGCCUCGGGCGCCGGUAAAACGACGCUGCUCAACACGCUGUCGCAGCGGCAGACGCUCGGCGUCGUCGAGGGCCGCAUGCUCGUCGACGGUUCCGCGCUGCCGGCCGACUUCCAGCGCGGCACCGGCUUCGUUGAGCAGAUGGACCUGCACGAGGAGUCCACCACGGUCCGCGAGGCGCUCGAGUUCUCCGCGCUGCUGCGCCAGUCGCGCGACACGCCGCGCGCCGACAAGCUCGCCUACGUCGACAAGAUCAUUGACCUGCUCGAGAUGCAGCCCAUCGAGGACGCCAUCGUCUUCUCCCUCGGCGUCGAGCAGAAGAAGCGCCUGACCAUCGGCGUCGAGCUCGCCGCCAAGCCGUCCCUGCUGCUCUUCCUCGACGAGCCCACGUCCGGCCUCGACUCGCAGUCGGCCUUCUCCAUCAUCCGCUUCCUGCGCAAGCUGUGCGCGGCCGGCCAGGCCAUCGUCUGCACCAUCCACCAGCCCUCGUCCGAGCUCAUCGAGCAGUUUGACCAGAUCCUCGCGCUGAACCCGGGCGGCAACGUCUUCUACUUUGGGCCGGUCGGCGAGAACGGCGCGGCCGUCGUUGAUUAUUUCGCGGCGCGCGGCGCGCACUGUCCGGCCGGCAAGAACGUCGCCGAGUUCCUCAUCGAGCAAGGCGCCAAGCCCGCCGGUCGCGCGUUCUGGAACGAGCAGUGGCUGCGUUCGGAUGAGAACAGGCGGCUCACGGAGGAGAUUGCGCGCAUCAAGCAGGAUCGCAGCGAUGUCGCGACUAGGGAGCGGCAAGAAGGAUCCGCCGCCGCCGCAAAGGGAGACGAGUUUGCCGCGUCGGUGUACGAACAAACCGCCCUGUUGACCAGGCGCAUGUUCGUCAAGCAGUGGCGUCAGCCCUCGUACGUGUACGGCAAGUUCUUCGUCGCCGUGCUCAUCGGCAUCUUCAACGGCUUCACCUUUUGGCAGCUCGGCGACACCGUCGAGGACAUGCAGAGCCGCAUGUUCACGUCCUUCCUCGUAUUGCUCUUCCUGCCCGCCACCAUGAACGCCGUGCUGCCCAAGUUUUUCAUGGACCGCGCCCUCUGGGAGGCCCGUGAGUACCCGUCGCGCAUCUACGGCUGGGUCGCCUUCUGCUCCGCCUCCAUCAUCUCCGAGAUCCCCAGCGCCGUCGUCUCGGCGGUGCUCUACUGGGUGCUCUGGUACUACGCCACCGGGCUGCCCACCGACAGCGCCACCGCCGGCUUCGUCUUCCUCAUGACGCUGCUCUUCUUCCUCUUCCAGACCAGCUGGGCCCAGUGGAUCUGCGCGUUCGCCCCGUCCUUUACCGUCAUCAGCAACGUCCUUCCCUUCUUCCUCGUCAUGUUCUCCAUCUUCAACGGCGUCUUCGUCCCGUACCAGCAGCUCGUCGUCUUCUGGCGCUACUGGAUGUACUAUGUCAACCCGUCCACGUACUUUGUCGGCGGCGUCCUCUCGAGCACGCUCGCUAGCCAGCCGGUCCGCUGCGCCGACCACGAGGCUGCCUACUUCAAGCCGCCCUCCGGCAAGACUUGUGCGGAGUUUGCGAGCGACUUCGUCACCCAGGCUGGGCGAGGCUACUUGAUCGACCCCAAUGCCACCGAUAUGUGUGGCUAUUGCCCAUACGCCGACGGUACCCAGUACCUGGCGUCUCUUCACAUUGAGCCCAGCCAAAAGUGGCGCGAUUUUGGCAUCUUCCUUGCAUUUUGCAUUAGCAACUGGGCCCUUGUCUACUUCUUCAUCUACACGGUCCGCGUUCGUCGCUGGUCGUUUGGUUUCGGCUACUUGUUCAAAUGGUUUUAG